AUGGCCCAGAGUGUGGUCUACGCCGACCUGAAGUUCGCGGCGCGGCCCCCAUCCACCGUGCCCGACGACGAUGACAGCCCGUACGAGAACGUGCCGCUGGGGCCGGUGGCAGCCGCGCCCAGCCCAGGGCGCUGGAGCCGGCGAUGGCACAUCCCCACGGCGCUGCUCUUAGCCACCCUGCUGCUGCUGCUGCUGCUGCUGGUGGCCGUCGUGGCCCUGGGGGCUUGCCACUGGCAGGUCACCCGCAGCCUGCAGGACUCCUCCCGUGAGCACACAGCCCAGCAGGGCCGCCUGUCGCAGGAGCUGAGGGCGCAGGAGCAGAGCCUGGAGCAGGCACAGCUGGAGCUGGCAUGGGCCAGGAAAGAGCUGCAGCGAGCGUGGCGCCAGAGCAACGUCAGCCAGCUGGAGCUGAAAAGCAGGAAUGCUGAGCUGGGGCAUACCCAGCAGGAGCUGGCUGCGUUGCAGGAGAAGAUGCAGGUGGUGCAGGGGAGGCUCAACACCAGCGAGAGAACUGUGAGCAGCCUGCGUGCCUGCGUGAACACAGAAUGCUGCCCCUGGGGCUGGGUGCUCUUCAAGAGCAAGUGUCUCUACAUCUCGGCGACAAACAAGACCUGGGAGCAGAGCCAGGAAGACUGUGAAGGGAGAUCUGCUCGACUGCUGGUCCAGGAUGAGUGGACACCACUGACAGUGCCGAAUUUUGUGCAGGCGUCUAAGGCACACUACUGGAUUGGAGGAAGACCUUUUUAUGCGGCAAGGAGAUCUAUGUGGAAGGACAGCAAACACCCUUCGAAACGCCACAUUCCAGACUGCUGGUCACUAGUUGACGGGGAAAUGUGGAAUAAGCGGUGUGACAGUCCCAACCCGUGGAUCUGCGAGAAAUCCCCAAAGCUGAGCAUAGCAUCUGAGACUCAACCUCCUUUUUAGCCAAGGACUGAGUGCUGCCACCCCCACUCCAUCCCUGGACUCAGGAACAGGGCCUGGGUGUGCACCUGAGACCCUGUCCCUGUCCCCGCUUUGCCUCAAUUGCCUUGCAAAACUGCUGGGGAAAAGUGUCUCUAUUUUAAAGCAAGGAUUAUGGAAAAGACACCUUAUUCCCCUCUCCCACACUCAUGCAAACAUAUAUUAUACUGCUUCGUACUGUGCCACUGCACAUCCCUGUGUGCCCUGGCAAAUGCAACUCCAGUGCAGAGCCCAGCUCUUACCUUCUUUGCUACCCCAAGGUGCCAGGGGAGCAGGAUCUGCCACUUGCAGAUAAUUUUGGACCUGAGGGAUGACACACUGAUGUCCUCAACCUGUCCAUUUUGGUGAGACCUGUGGAUUUACAGCCUGUCCCUUCUCUCAGCAUUGACAGCUCUCAUCCUGCCCUUUCUUCUGCCUUCAUCACCUGCCCAGGGCUUUGGGCUGGGUCCUGCCUGGAAAGGCUGCUGACAGUGGAGCCAUCAGCAUGAGGAAAUACUGGGAAGCCCAGAGACCAUAUAGGAAAUGGGGGAGUGCUGGGGAGAUUUGAGAACAUGGUGGAUGAAUGAGGAAACUCUAAAACCAUGGGAGGAAAACAAGGGCAAUGAAGAGCCCUAAGACUGUGGGAGGUGAAUGUGGGAAUCCUGAGACCAUGGAAAGGGAGCACAGUGGAACUGCAAAUGAGGGUGGUCCUGAACAAUUGGAGGUGCACAGAUAAGACAGUGGGAGAGAGGAAGGAGCACUAGGGAGGCUUGGGAGCAUGGGGAAAAGGGGACACCCUUCCCACCAAGGGGGAAGGAUCCCUAAGAAUGUGGUGGAACGUUAUCUGCCAAAGGAGGGUGAUGAGAGACACCAGUCCAGGACCCAGGGUGACCCUCCCUGUCUCAGUCAGUGUUUCUGCAGAGAAGAGAAUGUUUUGGCAGCCAGUUUGCUAAGCUGGACCUGAGGCAGCCAGCAUGGCUUCACAGCCCCUGCCCAACCAAGCCUGUGGCCUUCUACAAUGGAGUGAUUGCAUCUGUGAACAAGGGAAGGGCUACACCUGUCAUCUGUCUGGGCUUCUGAAAAGCCUUCAGCACACCCCUCCUCUAAAUCUGAGAUAAGUGGAUUCAAUGGGUGAACUGUUCCUUGGGUAAGGCUGGACAUCUCCAUCUAGAAGAUUGUGGUCAAUGGCUCUGUGUCCUCUGGUGAUCAUGUUGGCCCUCAGGGAUUCACCUUGGGACCAAUGUUAUUUUGUCAACAAUGUGAACAGUGGGAUCAAGUGCACCCUCAGCAAGUUUGCAGGUGACACCAAGCUGAGGUGGUUUGACACACCUGAAGGACAGGAUGCCAUCCAGAGGGGCCCAGACAAGCUCCAGGAGUGGCCCAUGGCAACAUCAUGAGGUUUAACAAGGCCAA